AUGCGAGAAGAGUACGCGAAAUGGCAGCGGCGACGACUGAGGCAGGGCCCCACAACUCUGGAGGCAGACAAGCAAGGCGCAGAGCCGAAGACAGAGCAACCAAGACUGUCGUGGGAGGCGAAGAAAACAGACGAAACGCAAACUUUGGUGCGGGAGAUUGAGAAGGAAGCAGCGACGCGGCCUCCGGAGAUCAAAAAGGAACCGGCAGAAGAGAAGCAGCCCCGUCGGUUACCCAGCGACGCGCUCAGAAAGGAAAAAUUGAGAUCGCUAGCCGUAGCACGCAGUGUAGUCAGCCGAGCUCAACGGCUCGCAGGGACUGAGAUCGAGAUGAAGAGAGUCAAGGAGGAGGCCGAGAGGAAGAAGGCCAGAGAGGAGGCUCGACCAUUCCAUGUGCAACGGGGACCGACAAAGAGUUCACGCAGACGAGCGAGAGAAGGAGCGGAGGCGAAGGCAGGCGAAGAAAGGCCACAGGCAGCUGAGGUGCUAGAGGAGGUGCCAAAGCAGCGGUACAACUGGGCUCAACACAGACACAGGUGGGAGCGGAACAAGAGAAAGCCGGUCAAAGCGAAGAAAGUCGAUGGAAAGAGCAAGCCAGCUGGCAUGCGGCAGCAGCGGCGACUCCCUUCGCUGAACGAAGGUCUGAUUCGGAGUGUUAGGGCCCUCACCAUUCAAGCCAAGAACCCUUCUCUGAAGAGUGUAAAUUGGGGCACAGGCGACUAG